AUGGGUGGGCAGUGGGCAGCCCGGCCCCCAGUCACACAGCAGCCCAGCAGUGUGGAUCAGUCAGCGGGGCAGCAGCACAGAGGGUGCCCCAUGCAGGGCUCGGCCGGUGCCAGCUGGGGACGAUGAGUGACCGGAGGAGAGCCGCAGUCACCCUCAGCUCCCGGGCACAUGCCUUCUCGGUGGAGGCGCUGAUCGGGGGGCACAAGAAGAGGAAGCUCCGGGACUGGCAGCCGGAUAAGGGAUUGGAUUUGUCUAUGGACGGUCUGAGUCCACAUGGGGAGCUGGGGGAGGGAGAUGAGCCGGGACCCUGCCUGGAUCUCAACCCUGAUUCUGAACACAGCACAAGCUCAGACACAGAGGUCUUGGCUGAGAGAACAUCCUGCUCCUAUGAAUCGUGCCCGGACUUGGCUCCAUCUCGGGUCCCUGACCCUCAGCCUUUGUCUGUAUCGUCUAUGGAUGAGAUCCAAGUGGAACUGCAGUGUGCGGACCUCUGGAAGAGAUUCCAUGACAUCGGGACAGAGAUGAUCAUCACCAAGGCAGGCAGGCGAAUGUUCCCGGCUAUGCGAGUUAAGAUCUCGGGUUUGGACCCUCAUCAGCAGUAUUAUAUUGCAAUGGACAUCGUACCUGUAGACAACAAGAGAUACAGGUACGUCUACCACAGCUCCAAAUGGAUGGUGGCCGGAAACGCAGACUCCCCAGUUCCUCCGCGAGUCUACGUCCAUCCAGACUCUCUGGCUUCUGGGGACACCUGGAUGAGGCAGGUGGUCAGCUUUGACAAACUCAAACUCACCAACAAUGAGCUGGAUGACCAGGGACAUAUAAUCCUGCACUCCAUGCACAAGUACCAGCCCCGUGUCCACGUCAUUAGGAAGGAUUUCAGCAGCGAGCUAUCACCCACCAAGCCGGUCCCAACGGGAGACGGUGUGAAGACCUUCAACUUCCCAGAAACCGUCUUCACCACUGUGACUGCCUAUCAGAACCAGCAGAUUACAAGGCUGAAGAUUGACCGAAACCCCUUUGCCAAAGGAUUCCGGGACUCGGGGAGAAACCGCACGGGCCUGGAGGCCAUCAUGGAGACGUACGCGUUCUGGAGACCACCGGUCCGCACUCUUACCUUUGAAGAUUUUACAACCAUGCAGAAGCAGCAAGGAGGCAGCACAGGGACGUCGCCUACGACCUCCAGCACCGGGACUCCGUCGCCCUCGGCCUCCUCCCACCUCCUCUCGCCAUCUUGCUCUCCUCCCACCUUCCAUCUGGCCCCCAACUCCUUCAACGUUGGCUGCCGGGAAAAUCAGCUGUGCAACCUCAAUCUGUCCGAGUACCCUGCCUGCGCCAGGAGCAACAUGUCCGCACUCCAGAACUACCCAGGUCUGAGCGAUAACGGAUACAACAGGUUACAAGGAGGGAACUCCGCCGGCACCCAGCCAUCCGAUACCUUUAUGCCCCAGAGGACUUCAUCCUUAAUUUCUGGGAUGCCAACCCCUUCAUCUUUGCCAAGCAACAGCAAGAUGGAUGCAUACGGUGGGCAGCUGGGCUCUUACCCCACCUCCCAGUUCCAGUAUAUGAUGCAGGCAGGAAACCCUUCCUCCAGCUCCUCCUCCUCACACAUGUUUGGAAGCAGUCACAUGCAACAAGGUUCUUACAACGCCUUCUCCAUUCACAACCCUUACAACCUCUAUGGAUACAACUUCCCCGGCUCUAGCCGCCUGGCCGCGAGCCCCGAGAAACUGACUGCACCCCAAGGCACUUUACUCUGCUCCUCUCCAUCCAACGUUGCUUUUAGCGACAGACAGUACCUGUCCUCUGGCAUGGAGGCCAUGCAUAUGAUUGGCAACCCAUCAGCCAAUCAGCAGGCAGCAAAUGCCUGUGACAGCAGACAGUAUGGCGCUGUCCCAGGGUCGUCAUCACAAAUGUCUGUGCACAUGGUUUAAAGAGCAUCUGGGUCUUCAUCGGUUGGACAGUAGAAACCUCAGUGCCUUACAUUAGCCGCAGAUACGUGGAGACGUGGCGCUUGCUGUCAUCUCCUGGGACAAUCAUGUAGCAGAUAUACAAUGCAAAUAUCAUGGAUGUAUUUUUCAGCAUAAAUGCCACUUGUAGAACCCUCCUUCCUUGAUGGAGUCCUGAGAUGUACACCUAUGUCACAGCCUGGAGGGUUUCAAAGCCCAGUGGGAUCAUUUAUCAAAGUCUUCUGAACCAGAAAAUCUAAGAGUUGUGGGUGUGAGACUUUGCUAGAUGUUGCCCUUUGGAAUGGCCGUGACUGGGACCCUCGGUUCUGCUGGUGUGACCGGGUGGUGAUCGGUACAGUAUGGUAUGUGAGCUUGCACGUUGUGGACAGUGCUGAGAAAUGUUGUUCUACAAGACCUCCGUUGGCUGUCUAUGUUUGAGCCUUGCUCCCAAAAGGUGGGGUCCAACUUGUGACUCCACACGGCAGGGCGGCUGCUGGGAAAUUGGCGGAUGAAGUGUAAUCACUAUCAGCAAACGAGGAGAAAAUACUCCUUUGAAUCGUUCAUGAGAAGUGAAGUGUAAAGUGUGCAGGAAAGGUUUAGACAGACAUGGUUUUCAAGAUGCUUCUGUUCUAGCAGGAGAUGUCAACACCUCAUUGAGAGAAUGGCUGACAUUACGCACAAGCCAAUAAGGAGUUCCGUCACCAAAAUAUUACCCAAUAUGAGGGUGACUUGUGCUUUUCCCAUUCUCUUUAAGGAAUUGUUAAAUUGUCAAAAAAAAAUGUUGUGAGUUGGAUAUGAAACCGGAAUGUCUUAGUACCCCUCGGAGCAAUAAUGAGUUAUCCCGUUAACUUCCGUUCCUCCCAUUGAUGGAUACAAUAUAAUUCUUGCUGUCUGUCAUAAAGAUCCUCCUAUAUACAGACUAUAAUGCAUCUACAAGACAUAUAUAUUUAGACGCCAUGACCCGAGAGACGUCAGCUAUUCCUGUGUUGCUUGGAGUCUUAUCAAAGUUUUUAUGCUGCACAGAACAGAAGUGACAGAGUAACAGAGGAGAAUAUCUCAAUGACUUUCCCCGUUUCAGUGCCUUCAGCUGCUGUUCCGUCACAGCUCAUUUUGCCUUCAAUAGAACAUAGUAUUUUUAGGGGAAGCUCUGUAGAAAGCCACAUGGAGUAUAAAGCCCGACCUUUGGUUUUAAUAAACAAAAAUUGCAUUAAAAAAAAAACAACUGAACAAACAACCCUUCCUAAAACAAUAUGGCUUCCAGACGCAGUCCCAGAUGCCUUGUAGUUGUACAUGGUCGCCAGGUGUGUGGUAUAAGCCAUGACUGAGUAUGCACUAUGCUUGUGUGAUUUUACUUUAUACCGCUGGUUUUAUGAAAGAAGAGUUUUCAUUGGUAGAAGAAAAGAUGAACAAAGUUACAGGGUAAUUUCGCAUGAAAUGAAUUUUAUGGUGGGACAGGCCGUUCUCUCAGGUGCAAAUUUCCGGUGAUGCAAUCUUUCGGGUCAGUGCUAAUCCACAAAGUGCCUAUUCCACAGCUCUGUAUUUCUAAACUCACAUUGUGUAGUCUACAAACAGAGGUGGGAAAAUGACCGGACAUUCAUUGUGCUCUGAUGUGUAGGUCAGAUUCCAGUGCAAACACAAUAAGGGGAAUCGUUACUGGCACAUUUCAUAUGGGGAAGGGUUAAAUUCCCAGCCAAAUAUUCAGCAGAACACUUCCACAAAUUGCUCACGUGACUCCUGUCCUGUCUAUUUUCUCUAGCGCAGAGAUUUCACCGCCACCAGCAAAAUCCGAUAACUCCUGUUAUGAAAAUUCCCCAUUGUGGGUGCAAUAUCCACUGACGGGGUGGGGGUGGGGGGGAUUUCUACACAGCAAAAAAUGAAUUCCAACUAUGAACCUAUUUAUCUUUAAUUACUUUCAGAAUAAUUGUGAUAAUAUUGCACAUAGCUGAAUGUAAUAUUCCAUCCAUCAGAUAAUAUCCAAGACCCAUUUCUACAUAUAAAAUGUAAAUUUUGGGGGCAGUUAUUACACCCAGUGCUGUGAGUAGCUGUGUAAUAUUAUUAUUGUUUCUAUUAUCAUUUGUAACAAACUGCUGUGAUAUUACGGUUAGCGUUCCUUGAAGGGCUCAGGUGCGUUAACGCAUUUCGCCGCAACAGCCGGAUUCUGCAUCAGUUUUGUAUCAGCAAAAUAUAUAUAUAUUUUUAAAUGACAUUUUGUAGCUGAGAUAUGGGUUAAAGUGUAAUUUGUAAUAUACUGUACACACAUGUAAAAAGAAUUUGCCUGAACUCAAGAUAUUUUACAGCGUGUUCUGGAUACAGACGUUCACCUCGCUUCCUGUUUUGUGUAACAAGAAGUCCGUCCAAAAGCUCCGUAUUACAGUACAAAGGAAAAUUACUUGGACUUUGUUCAUUUGGAAGAUCACACGGAAUGGCAGUUACUUUAUGUUCCGCCCAUGUAUCGAAACUCUGACAUGUAUUUAUCAAUGGAAAAAUAUAAACUUUUACAUAGGGUUGAUUUUUCUUUUUAAGCUAUAGUAUUCCUCUAAGUACAGUACAUGAAAAGGUUGUUUCUGACUUUCCUCAUACACUCUCUUCCACUGAGCACACACUCACAUCCACUGAGCACACACUCACAUCUGCUGAGCACACACUCUCUUCCACUGAGCACACACUCACAUCCGCUGAGCACACACUCUCUUCCACUGAGCACACACUCACAUCCGCUGAGCACACACUCUAUUCCACUGAGCACACACUCACAUCCUCUGAGCACACACUCACAUCCUCUGAGCAAGCUCUCACAUCUGAGCACACACUCUCUUCCACUGAGCACACACUCACAUCCACUGAGCACACACUCACAUCCUCUGAGCACACACUCUCUUCCACUGAGCACACACUCACAUCCGCUGAGCACACACUCUAUUCCACUGAGCACACACUCACAUCCGCUGAGCACACACUCUUCCACCGAGCACACACUCACAUCCGCUGAGCACACACUCUCUUCCACUGAGCACACACUCACAUCCGCUGCCUCUGUGGAUGCUCUGGCAAUCUGCCCCACAGGCCGCUCACAGUCUGCAGCUGUUGUGUCAGAGGACACAUAGGGGCUCAAUUAUCAACGAGUGAUAAAAAUCUUCGUGAAUGAUGAAACUCGUCGUGAAUGAUGAAACUCGUUGCAUAUGAUAAAUGGUGCUCCAGCCAAUCAGCUUCUGUCAUGUGACGGCGGCAUCCCGACCAUCAAACUUUUGACAGCCCCUAACCCUCCCCUGCCCUCUACCCUAACCCUCCCCUGCCCUCUACCCUAACCCUCCCCUCUAUCCUAACCUUCCCCUGCCCUCUACCGUAACCCUCCCCUGCUCCCUACUCUAACCCUCCCCUGCCCUCUACCUUAACCUUCCCCUCUACCCUAACCCUCCCCUCUACCCUAACCCUCCCCUGCCCUCUACCCUAACCCUCCCCUCUACUCUAACCCUCCCCUGCCCUCUACCCUAACCCUCCCCUCUACCCUAACCAUCCCCUGCCCUCUACCCUAACCCUCCCCUGCCCUCUACCCAAACCCUCCCCUACCCUCUACCCUAACCCUCCCCUCUAUCCUAACCUUCCCCUGCCCUCUACUGUAACCCUCCCCUGCUCCCUACUCUAACCCUCCCCUGCCCUCUACCUUAACCUUCCCCUCUACCCUAACCCUCCCUCUACCCUAACCCUCCCCUGUCCUCUACCCUAACCCUCCCCUCUACUCUAACCCUCCCCUGCCCUCUACCCUAACCCUCCCCUCUACCCUAACCAUCCCCUGCCCUCUACCCUAACCCUCCCCUCUAUCCUAACCCUCCCCUGCCGUCUACCGUAACCCACCCCUGCUCCCUACUCUAACCCUCCCCUGCCCUCUACCUUAACCUUCCCCUCUACCCUAACCCUCCCCUCUACCCUAACUCUCCCCUGCCCUCUACCCUAACCCUCCCCUGCCCUCUACCCUAACCCUCCCCUCUAUCCUAACCCUCCCUUGCCCUCUACCGUAACCCUCCCCUGCCGUCUACCGUAACCCUCCCCUGCCCUCUACUCUAACCCUCCCUUGUGGUUGUCUAACCUUCCACGGUGAUGCCUAAACCUAACCUUCCCUUCCCCACUACCUAAACCUAACCCUCCCCGCAUGGUGCUUUUACCCUAACCCCCCAUCCCCGGUACCAAACCAUCUCCUUCCCAUCCCUGCACCCUAACCCCCCCUACUAUUGCCUAAACCUAACCUCCCACCCGCCCCAGGCAGGACGCGAGCGCAUCCUGCUAACAGAACGCUCAAGAUUCCAGGUGUCGUCAUUUUGACACCGGGAUCCCGAGAUUGUGAGGCCGGCGUUAUGGACUCCGGCUUCGAUAUUUUGAUGAUGCCAUUUUAUCUACAUCCCCAGCUCCUAACUGUCAUGUGUUUGAAAAAAUGACAGUUGGGAGCUGAUUGGCUGAAGCACCGAGUAUCAUACGCAACGAGUUUUAUCACUCGAUGAUAAAUGGGCCCCUCAGUGCUUAGAAUUUCAAUUCUCUUUCCUUGUUUACAUACACAGCGAGGACAAUCUAACAGCCGGCGCUAGUGAUGCUAUUCACAAUGCAGCCGACGCGUGGCUUCACACCACAGCCGACGUGUCGCCUCACACCGCAGCCGACGUGUCGCUUCACACAGCAGCCGAACUCCUAUUUAUAGUGUCAUUAUUGGACUGCUUUGUGAAUUUGGUUAUAUAGCUUUUCUUUGUGACUUUUCAGUUCGUAGCAGCAGCAGGCGGCUCUGACGUCACCCCCUAAGCUCAGCCCCUGAGGGAGGCGGAGUAGAGUCAGCCGGGUAUAUAAUCGGGGGGCUCAGUCUGGGAGUGGGGGGCUUGGGGGUGGCUGCUGCUCUCAUGAAACAUAGAACUUGCAGUUGUGUGAUAAUAACAUAACAUAUGACAUAAUCAGAUUUCUGUUUGAACGUGUUGUAUGUAGAUAAUGGUAUUUAAGUGUCUGGAGAGCUGUGAUCAGCUAUGUAACAAAUACUGUGUAUAAUAUACUGCACUCUGUGUAUAAGUGCCCGGCACACAGAACCCCAAUAAAUAUCAUUGCUCUCUC